UAUUAACAGCUGGGCGCUGCCCGCACCUCCGACUCGGGGCCGCGCGGCCGCAGAUCCCGCGGGUCAGCCCCGCACCGCAGCGCACGUCUGUCCGCUCGCCCGCCCGGGACCCGCUAUGGCGGCGGCCGUGGACGAAGCCGCGCUGCCCUCCUUCGCCUCCUUCGCCGGCUUCAUGCCCACGGGCGAGCGCCCGCACGAGGUCUACCACGCCCGGCUGGUGCCGCACAUGGAGAGCGGCGGCGGCGGCGGCAUCAAGCGCGAGGACGACGAUCUGGGCAAGUUCGUGGACUUGGACUUCAUCCUGGCGCACACGGCGGGCUCGGGGCCGGGGCCGUCGGGCGGCUGCGCCUACCCGCUGCCCGAGACGCCCGAGAGCUGCGGGCCCCCGCACGAGGCGGACGGCUACCCCGCGGCGCACAGCUACGUGGCCGAGCUGCUGACGCCGGACCUGGCCGGGCCGUGCCGGGAGUACGCGGAGCUGCGCGCUCCGCACCCGCACCCGCACGCCCACGCGCACCUCCACGCGCGGCCGCUGCCCGGGGCCGUGAAGCGGGAGCCGGGCUCGGCCCGCGCCUGCCUGCUGGCGCCGCCGCCCCACGCCUUCCCGCGCCCGCCGGACCGCGGCCCCGCCGAGCUGGCCGCCUUCGCGCCGGGCGCCCGCGCCUUCCCGCCGCCCUUCGCCGCGCCGGGGCCGCCCCACUUCCACGGACACUUCCGCGUGCUCCGCGACCCGCCCGCGCUGCACGGGCUGCUGGUCACGCCGCCCCACUCGCCGGGCCUCGACUUCCUGCCGCCCGCGCCCGGCCCCGGCCCCGGGCCCGGCCCCGGCGCCGCCGCGCUGCCCCCCGACGCCAAGCCCCGGCGCGGCCGCAGAGCCUGGGCGCGCAAGCGGACGGCGGCGCACAACUGCGAGUACCCGGGCUGCGGCAAGACCUACACCAAGAGCUCGCACCUCAAGGCGCACAUGCGCACGCACACGGGCGAGAAGCCGUACCACUGCACCUGGGACGGCUGCGGCUGGAAGUUCGCGCGCUCGGACGAGCUGACCCGGCACUACCGCAAGCACACGGGGCAUCGCCCCUUCCAGUGCCACCUGUGCGAGCGUGCCUUCUCGCGCUCUGACCACCUGGCGCUGCACAUGAAGCGCCACAUGUAGCCCCGGCAGGGCAGGCGGCCUGGCCCAGCUGGAGCCACUGUACAUAGCAGGCAGGGCGGUUUCUAGCGGGGUAGGAAGCUUCAGGUUUGGCCCGGGGUCUUUUUCUCUCUGUAAAGUCUGGGGGGGGGGGCUGUGGGGGUGGGGGCAGCUAGGGCAGGCCAGGCAGCUCAGGACCUUCCAGACCCCUCUCAGAGGAGUGACGGGUGGGUGGGCUGGUUAAAGCCCAGCCACAUGUGGCCCAUCCUGGGGGGGAGCUGGGCCCUGGGGGAGGCGUGCUCCCACCCUUUGGGCUGUGGAGGGAAGCACUGGGGGUCUGGGGUGAGCACAGCACAAAGCCUUGGCAGCUGUGUGAGCAGUGCUGGGGGCUUCCCACCCCCCACCUUGCAGCCUCUGCACCCUCCUGGUGCUGCAGGAUGGAGGGUGUUGGCUCUCUGCACCUCUGCCAAUUCCCAGGGGCCCAUCCUGCCUUGUUAUAUGGUGCAAAGGGGUGCAUCUCCCCCCGCAAAGCCCCCCUUGUAACGUUUGUCUGGGGCCAUCAGGCCCUUGCAUGGUUUAUGUCCCAUGUCCCCCUCUUCCAGCCAGGGCACCGGGUGCUGCUGCAGCUCCUCUCCCCCGCGGGCCUUGUGUACAGGAUACGUGGCUCUGGCGGGGGGUGUCCUUGCCCCUGGGAGCUGCUGGGCCUGGGCUCGACUUGAAACUUCUCUCUUAAAAACUACAAGAAAAAAGGUGUUUUAUGGGCAGCUGCUUCUGCAAGAUGUACAUUUUGUUUGUUUGUUUCUUUUUUUAAAGAAAAAAAGCCAUAAUAUAUUAUUUCCUCUUG